UCCGAGAAUGCUUUGAGGUAUCUACGUAAGAUCGAAAAAUUUCACACAACUUUAAAAAUAUCAGAAGAGUAGGAAAACAGUGACCUGCACGCAGCCAAGAUGACAGCCACUGCCAUGAAUGAAAUGACACCGGAGCUCGAACUUCCGGGCUUCCGGUUCCACCCUACAGAAGAAGAACUUCUCGAAUUCUACCUCAAGAACGCGGUGUUUGGAAAGAGGCCUCGCUUUGAUAUCAUUGGCUUCCUCAACAUCUAUCAUCAUGAUCCUUGGGAUUUGCCCGGGAUGGCGAAGAUUGGUGAAAGGGAAUGGUACUUCUUCGUACCGAGGGAUAGGAAGCAUGGCAGUGGUGGGAGGCCUAACCGGACCACUGAAAAUGGGUUUUGGAAGGCCACCGGUUCAGACCGGAAAAUCUUGAGUAUAUCGGAUCCGAAGCGGAUCAUUGGCUUGAGAAAAACCCUUGUUUUCUAUCAAGGAAGAGCACCUAGAGGAACCAAGACUGAUUGGGUGAUGAACGAGUAUCGCCUCCCUGAUGAACGAGUAGCUAAGGUUUGCUACUUUUCCGGCAUGGAAAUAGUACUGUGUAAGAUAUACAGAAAGGCAACUUCUUUGAAAGCACUAGAACAAAGGGCAGUUAUGGAGGAACAGAUGAAGAACUUCCAUUCUUCCCCUUAUUCAUCUCCAACACAAUUAACAUCACCACUUGAAACCAUCUCCUUUCUAGCACAACAGGAGGAUCAGUUUCUGGCACCAAUUCCUGUACACAACAACAUUGUCUUCAAGAAAGAAGCAGAAGAAGUUGUAGCAAUAGAGGAGGAGGAAAAGGGAGAAAGAUCACAAAUGGAAAGCGGAGUGUUCAACACACCACUGCAAUUUCCAUUAGGGAAGGACAAGUUACCAGAGCUUCAAGUUCCAAAAUUGAUGAUGGACUGGACCCAAGACACAUUUUGGACUCAGUUAAACAGUCCUUGGCUUCAAAGUCUGACCUCUUAUGCCAACAUUCUGAACUUUUAAUGCCUUCUAAUUUUAAUUAUGCACCCUAGAAUACAAUAAACUUGGGUCUUGUACAGAAAUUCUGUGCAGGAACUUGGGUCCUUUUUAUCGGUCAACCGCCCUUCACGGUUAAGGAAAUUCUUGCCCAGUACUGUUUUGUUUUUUAGGUGGUUGGCCGUGUAAUUGGUUUCAUCCUUGCUAGAUGUUUUCCUGUUCGGGUUAAAGAACAAUUGGAAAAUUUGUGGAAGCGCGAAGAAGUUGCCUGGGUUAUAGCAUGAUGAUCUGAUGUUGGACUUGAAAACUAUUUGCUUCCUCGACUGUUAUCUCAGUGCUAAUUAAGGAUAGGAAUGGAUUCUUCUUCUGAAAAAAGGGCUUUUCUUCAAGGAGUCUUGUAUUGAAGAGAUUGCUAUUAACUUUUUGUCGUUGUGAUUCUUUGUUUUUUGUUUUUUGUUUUUUCUUGGACGAAGUUGCAGGGAAAGUUUGUAUGGAACUGUUGUUGUUGCUGCUGUUGUUAUUGUCCAUUUUGGAUCUCAAGUAAUGACAAUAAUAAAAACAGCAGAUUUCGUUUUGUGA